GUAGAAUCUGGAAUCAAGAUUAUACCCCUUUAAGCAGCUUUGAUGGCACAAAGAAGAAGGUCCUUCAGUGUAGGGGAAGCAGUGGAGGCACUUGUGGGACCUGAUGGACAAAAAUGGGCUGAUAUGGAUCCAAAAGAACGAAUGUUAGUAGCCGCUAAAGCUUUCCCUCACAUCUGUGCAGGCCACGGUGAGGGAGAUGUCAGAAGAGAAGCCCAGUCCCUCCUGUAUGAUCCCUACAGUAAAGCCUCAGUAACCUCAGGAAAGCAACCUGCUUUUCCUGCACAACCGCAUUACCCACAUACAGAAAGCAAUGCCCCUUCAGAAGCAGUCUCAGAGACCUCCCAAAGACUCCGAAAGCCAGUUAUGAAGAGAAAGGUGCUGCGUCGAAAGCCAGGUGGGGAAGUAUUAGUGACGGAUGAGUCGAUGAUCAGUGAAUCAGAGUCUGGUACAGAAAGUGACAUGGAUGUCUGGGACUUAAGACAAAGGCUGAUGAAUCUGCACUUCCAGGAAGACAGGGAAUCUCCAGUUGAUAUGUCACAAAAAUUUAGUCUACCACGUGACUACCAAGGAAUUUCUCAAGAUAAGCUCAUUUGCUAUCUACGAAGAGAAGAAAUGGGCCCUCCAGCUUAUGAACAAGACCUGAUUGUUGCCAGCCGGCCCAAGUCCUUUAUCCUCCCAAGGCUGGACCAGUUGAGCCGAAACCGGGGCAAGGUAGACCGGGUAGCCCGCUAUUUUGAAUAUAAACGAGACUGGGACUCCAUGCGGUUACCUGGUGAAGAUCAUAGGAAGGAAUUACGCUGGGGUAUCCGAGAGCAGAUGCUUUGUCGUGCAGAAGCCCAGUCCAAGCCUCAGCAUAUAUAUGUUCCAAACAAUUACCUAGUGCCAACUGAGAAGAAACGAUCUGCCCUUCGCUGGGGUGUUCGUUGUGACCUUGCAAAUGGUGUGAUGCCCAAGAAACUUACUUCCUUCCCUCUUUCUCCUUCUUAA